GAGUGAGCUAGAGUGUCAGCGUGACGGCAGUGUUAGGGAAGAUGGUGCGCACUAAGGCCGAUUCCGCGGGCUCUUCUGCCUCGUCAGGCAGCUACAGGAAGGCUGUUGCUGCCAGAGCACCAAGGAAAACAUUUGGGAGUAGUUCCAGUGGUUCAAACCAUGUGACUUCACCAACUGGAAAAAAAUCUGAAAGUAAAUAUGCAGGAGGAAAUCCUGUGUGUGUCAGGCCAACUCCUACCUGGCAGAAAGGUAUAGGAGAGUUCUUUGGAUCACCAUCCACAAGUCAGCCUGAAAAGGAAAACAGAAUUCCCUCUGAUGAUGAGGAAGCUGGUGGCAGUGGUGCAGGAAAAGCACCCAGAAAGUCCCGUCCUCUGCCACCAGAUCCUUCAGAAGAAGCUGCUGACUCAGAUGAUGAGUGAGACUAUGAUCUGUACUUCCAAACAGGACUUCAGUUUUGUGUUGUAUAUUUGUAAAUAAAACUUAUAGUCUAGG